AUGAUAUCUGCUGGGGAUAAAUUGGGAGGAAGAUUUCAGUCACUUAUAAAUAUCUCUUACUCCAUUCUUCUCCCUGAUGGAAUAUAUACCACAGCGGAAGCAAUAACAGAAUCUUAUUCACAUUUGAUGGCUGUUCUUCGUGAUAUAAUUGGAAAACACUGUAUCAGUUUCACAGUUAAUACGAAGGAGAGAUUCUUGUUGCAAUCAUUUAAUAUGAUGCCUCCUCAUGGAAAAAGGCAACAUUUACCUCCUCUCAAGGUGCUUAGCAACCUUCCCGAUAGCGUAAUUGAUGACAUUCUAAUGAGGUUGCCGUUACGAGAUGCUGUGAGGACAAGACCAAUUUGUAAGUUUAUCCUCUCCAUUUCUGAUCGUGUCAACUGUCCUAAGAUUGACAACUUGAUAUGUUUCCUCUCUAGGAAUGGUAUUCAGCAUCUGGUUCUUCAACUUCCAUUUAGGGGUAAUCUAUACAAAUUGCCUUCUUCAUUUUUCACUUGUUCGCAAUUGAGGCAUCUGUGCCCUCAAGCUGAGGUCAUUUGUCUUCAUUGGCAAUAUGCAUUUAAUACAUCUGAAAAUUGCCCCUCUUCUUCCAAAAUUACAUAUGAGCCUACAGAAUUUUCUGUAGAGGCAGGACACAAUCUUGCCAAGAUUUUUGAGUCUAUUCCUGCUCUCGAGCAUCUCAGCUGGAAUAACUACAAUUGCCAGGUCGACGAUGCUGGACCAGCUGAAAUUAUACCAACAAGGCUUCCCUCUGCUCUUAACAGUCUUAAACGCCUUUACCUAUCUUGGAUUACUCUGGGAGAAUUUUUUGAGUUUUCGUUUGCUCUUUGCUUGAUAAGAAGCUCCCCAUAUAUAGAAGAAAUUGAAAUUGAGGGGUGUGUUGAUGUUGAUGGGGAGUAUUAUGAACCUGUGCCCCGGGACGCUGUUGAUGAGAUUCCUGCAAGCUUCUCGGAUAUGACUUUUUACCACCUGAGGACAGUUAAGAUCAAGAGUUUAGCAGGAGCAGACGCUGAAAUGCAGCUUAUCAAGGUUUUAUUAGCAAAGUCUCCAAUGCUGGCGAGAAUGGUAAUCGAGCCCUAUGAAUUAGAAGAAUCUCUCAAAGCGGAGAUAACAAAAUUUCAGCGGGCGUCAUCUAAAGCAGAAAUUGUGUAUAGUGUAGAUUAGUAUUCAUAUCACAAUCCUGCUUGACCUUCUCGAGUCUUUUAAUUAGACGAUGAUCUUUGGCUAAA